CGUACGUGACGUCGUCAACACUGCAGUCUCUCACUAGCAGCUGCAGUAGCAGAAGCACAGCACGCCCAUCCAAACCUCUGUACCUCCAACCAGCUAGCAUUCAAGAAAAGGGACCACAAUGGCGGCUGCUUCUCCUGCACUGGACCCAGAUCUAAUGAGGGAGGUCCUCGAGUGCCCGAUCUGCCUGGAGACCUACAACCAAGAUCAAAUGAGACCCAAACUCCUGCAGUGUGGCCACACAGUGUGCAGGCAGUGUUUAGAGAAGCUGUUGGCUAACACUAUCAACGGCGUGCGCUGCCCCUUCUGUAGCCGAGUCUCUCGUAUGAGCAGCAUCUCCCAGCUGGCAGAUAAUCUCACUGUGUUGAAGAUCAUAGAUUGCACUACAUCGUGCAGUGCUGCCGCCGCCGCCUUAAUGUGCAGGUCCUGCUGUAACCGCCUGCCACGACAGUACUGCCAUGACUGUGCCGCUGUUCUCUGUGAGCUCUGUAAGGAGGAGGGCCACCUGCAUCAAGGCCAUUCAGUCGAGCUGAUAAGGGUGGCUGCUGAGCAGCGUCGUAAAGAGCUAGGCAGCAAGCUGGCAGCUCUGCGCGAUGUCAUGGGUGAAAUUCAGAAGAAAAAGACAGCUAUCGAACACAUUACCAAGUCCUUGAGAUUAAAGUACCAUUCCGUGCAGCAGGACUACACGACAACUGAGAUACGCCUCCAAGAGGAACUCAAGAGGUCUCGGAGGACGUUCACUGCUGCAAUGGCAGAUGUCGAAAAGCUAAACGGGCAUGUCUUGGAGGAGCAGACUUAUCUUCUUAACAUUGCAGAGGUAAAAGUUGUGUCUCGCUGUGAUUACCUGACAAUGCUGGUCAGGCAGAGCGACACAGCUUUGCUAAAAGAUGAUGGCGGAGACUGCGAUGAUGAAGAGCUGGAUCUGAGGAGCACGUUGCCCACCAUGUUCCAGCUGCAAGAGCCCGGGCUGGUCAGAACUGAGCACUCUAAAGCUGUAGAAGUGGGCCAUUUGAACACAAAUACUUUCACUGCCAGCACAGACGAUGAGGAGAGUGGGUUGGAAAUUCCACUUGAGGCUGAUGUGGAGGGUGUAGCAGGGGCAGUAGGGGGUACAGGCGCUGUUCCGUUGGAUAUUUACAGAGACAUUGACAUGGUUUCAACUGUAGAGGAUACAGUGUAUGGUUCACCUGGAAACUUUAAGUCAAAGUCAAUGGAUGCUGGCGGGGGAUCACCUGGUGGGGCUGGGGCAAGUGCAGGCCCCCCUGUCUGCCAGUUUGUGAAGAAGAUGGGCUGCAAGGGAACUCUGCCCGGCAUGUUCAAUUUACCUGUCAGCAUCUGUGUAACACCUCAAGGUGAGGUGCUGGUAGCUGACAGGGGCAACUACCGCAUCCAGAUCUUUAACCGUAAAGGUUUCCAGCGUGAAAUCCGCCGUAAUGCGAGCAGCAUUGACAACUUUGUCCUGAGCUUCCUUGGUGCUGACCUGCCUAACUUAAUCCCCUUAUCCAUAGCUGUUACUCCCCAAGGCCUGAUCGGGGUCACUGACAACUAUGAUAACUCAGUGAAAGUCUACACUAUGGAUGGACAGUGUGUGGCUUGUCAUAAGAACCAGCUGAUAAAGCCAUGGGGCAUUGCUGCCAUGCCUUCAGGUCAGUUUGUGGUGUCAGAUGUGGAGGGCGGAAAGCUGUGGUGCCUCGCAGUGGACCGCAAUGUCGGUGUGGUAAGCUACAACCGCCUGUGCUCAGCUGUGCGUCCAAAGUUUGUAACAUGCGACGCAGCUGGAACAGUCUACUUCACCCAGGGGCUGGCCCUGAACUUUGAGAAGCGCCACAAUGAGCCCCACCUCGAGGGCGGCUUCUCUAUCGGCUCCGUGGACAGCGACGGCCAGCUCGGUAAGCAGCUCAGCCAUUUCUUCUCCGAGACGGAGGACUUCCGCUGCAUCACCGGCAUGUGUGUGGAUGCAAAUGGGGAUUUGCUGGUAACAGACAGCGGCAGGAAAGAAAUCCUCCAGUUUCCCAAAGAGGGUGGAUUCAAAGUCCUCAUCCAGGAGGGUUUGACCUGCCCUGUGGGGGUGGCCACCACCCACAAAGGACAACUGCUAGUGCUAGAUUGUUGGGACCACUGUGUCAAAGUCUACACAUACAUUCAAAGGAGGCACUCCUCCACUUCAUAGGGGAACAAUCCAGAUUAUAUGCACAUGGGUGUGUGAGGUUUGGUUGGAAUGUGUUGGUGGGUGUGCAAGGAAAAAUUAGUAAAACACUGUUAUCUAUCACUUAAGUUUGGCUGCAGUGCUAACAUUUCUCUCAAGCUUUUCUUAUGUUGUUAAAAGAAUGUUUUGGUGAGUUUGAUGGAUUUUGAUUUAAUACCUCAAGUAAAAAUCAGCUCCUCCAGCUGUGUUUUCCCGAUCAUUGUAAUGGAUCACAGACACUAAAACAGACCUUGUAACAUUGUAACACCAAAAUAUCCGACACUUGUCGAGACAAAAAAAAGGAGACAGAAGUUAAGAUGUCAAGCUAAUGCAGGCACAAGGCACAGAUGAAUCCCCCUCCUCUGUUGCCGACGCAUCGCUUCCACAGAUUCAGCUUUUUUGCAGGGGGAGGAAAAAGGGGCGAUGCAGAAGCUUGAACAUGAACAUGCAUUUACACACACAGUUAAUCAUACCAAGGCUUUCGGCCUGAGAAGCACUUUAUUGAUGACCCAGCACUGUUUCCUAGUGUUGGGUCAUAGUAGCACAUACUAACAUUGAUGUUGCUGAAUGCAGCCGGCAGCUUUAAAGUUUACUGUGCAGUUAGCUGAUGGCAAAAAAGGAACUAAGUAUCAGCAUUCAUUGGAUUGCAUUCAGUAACAUUCAGGGAGCUUUAAGUGUAGGGUUUUAAGUUAAAUAACAGAAAUAGAGUGGACAUAUUUACUUUGUUUGGGUUCUUAGUUUUCUUUUUCUUACUUUACUCAAGAAAAGUUUUUGUUUAAGCCUUUAAUUGUAAGGAGGAAAUACGGAAUCAUCACUUUUUUUAAUCAGAUGCUUCAAAGAUUACUGAUGCAAAACUUAAGCCUGGUUUAUACUCCUGCGCCGAUUUGACGGCAUAGCUUCCGUACCUACGCAGAGGCCUACGCACGUAGCUGACACGCAUCUCCUCCAAAAUGUAACUACGCAUCGAAUCAAUGUGGACCGCCAAUCCCUGUGAUUGGUCCGCUUGGCAGCAUUUACAGCACACAUCGGCCGAGUAUUUCAUCUCCUCUGAUGUGUCCUCUCUAUUCUUCAUGUAAUCAUUGCUGUAUGAUAAAAAGCAAUAUGCAUCGGCUCUAAAUUAUCAAAAUACGCUCCGAAUCACUGUGAAAGAGUAAACAGAGAACACAGCGGGACCGGAAAAGACAACCCCCUCUAUCAGAGGGAGCACACUGCCUUCAAGCGAGUAAGGGGAGUAUUGCUGCGUAUCACUGACACACCGACACAUCGACGCAGAAGUAUGUAGAGCUCAUGACUGCUUCAGCCCCUGCUAAAUAGUGCCGUCGCGGAAGCAUAAACCAGGCUUUAGAGAUCACUUAUUAUCAUUCUAGUACUUUUUUUGUACACAGUCUGGCCCACACCGUGAGUAGAUAUACAGAACACUACAAAAAGUCUAGAGUUCCAUGUGACCUUCCAGUCACACAUUUGUCACAAGGACUCUGGUUGAAGGUAUCCACGUGAAAGAUAAAAUUCUUGUAAUUUUUUCCCACCACCUAGUCAAGCUUUCGUGCUCCUUCCGACAGUCUCACUCCAAUUUCAAGCCUAUGCACUCCCCUUUGGCUUGUUCUCAGUAGUAUGUAAUUGUGUCCGUUAUGAACAGAGUGGGAAAGUUCUAAGGUUACGGAUGAUCUUGUAAUUGGAAGGCCUGUAGAAUGUCAAGGCUGUGUGUUUUCAAUCCCCUAAGGAACUAGCUACAUAAAGCCUUUUUUCCUUCAGCAACAUCAUACAAUCUAUACAACUAAAUAGCUGCAGCACCCAGACAUUAUUGAGCAGACAUCUACAGAUUGAAUAAUGUUUACAAUCUUUUAAAGUUUUCUUUUUCCCAUAGCAAAUGAUUUUCUUUCCUCACGGCGACUCAAUCUUUGCGUGGGUGUUCAGAACGGCACUGCUAGAGCAAAAGCAAGUUUUUUUUAAAUCCAGCAUCACGCCCCAAACCUGGUGGUGUUAUCCUGAGAUCUCGGUGCUACGUCACUUUGUCUCCUUCAGGUUUCUGUUACACACCAGACAAUUACAACCAGAGUUCUCAAGUGUCGCUACAACAGCCAUAUGAAGGGGUUUUGCUAGUGAGUAGUGUAAUUUAACAUUUAAUUCAUAUAUAAAUGACUGCAUGUGUUUUUGGUUGAUUUAGUUGAACUGAAUUUUGGAGCAUUAAAAAGACGAUGCUUUCAGGUAAAGUAACCGUAACAGACACCUUUAAUCAAAUUAUUUAGUGGCCUAAAUAUGGGGAAUCAAGUUAAUCAUUGAAACCCACUUGUUGAUAGUGUAUGUAAGAUAAUCUAUGUGUGUAAAGUGGCAAAUAAGUAAAUAAGCCUGCUCUGAGGCCAUACGUAUCUUCCAGUCCAGCUUUGCUCACGAGAGCGUAAUGCAUACUGACUCAGUUUCAGCCUGAAAAGUAAAUAACUUCACAAAGCUGACCUUAACUCUGCACCUGGAGCCCUAAUCAACAGCAAAACACCAAUAUACAUAUCUGAUAAUCGAAGUGUAUCAUACAUAAUGUGUUUUUAAAGUUUCUACAUAAGAGAAAAAACAAUAACUUUGUCACAGUCAUCCUCGUGCUUUAUUUUUCAUUUAACAUUAUGUGUUUUUGUUUGUUUUGGGUCAUCUUAACACUAAACUAGUAGACCUAAAGUGAAUAGACUCAGCUGCAUGUCAACCUCGCCUUUAAAAUUGUUUUAUUUUUCUUCUUCUGCGUGUACAUUUUAUUCAGGUGGUCACUAGAAGUAGUCAUUAAACUGGAGAAUAUUCAACCUUAAACAGUGACAGAAAAAUUGCCAGAAAUAUAAGUGUCCUUGUGUCAGUGUGCUGAACUUCAGUGUCUCACAUCAUGUGCAUAUGUUUUAUCUUAAAAAAAAAACUGAUUUAUUUUUCAUGCUUUUUCUUACAUCAUGGAAUAAUAAUGCAAUACUGUAUAUCCAUGACCCGCUCUCCCAUGUGUUUGAAGUGUUGUGUCCUUUGGAGGCUGUGAAUUUCCAAACAUGUGUUGAAUGAACACAUUAGAGUCAUCUCUGUGUAGUUACAUUCAUGUUUGUAUUGUUGAUGAUCUGAGUGCAAUAAAGAUUUAUGAAACAAUAUAAA